ACGAUGCAAUAGCUUUUACAAUUUGGACACUUGUAAAAUAGGUUUAAUCGGUGAUGAUGUGUGUGAUAAAUUAAAUAAUAAUUUUUUAAAGUAAGACUUUCCAAUAAGUGGUGUUGUGUGUGGAACAGUCAAUUUUAAAUGUAGAUUACAAGAGAAUUAAAUGAAGCUGAUAAGACAGUAUCAGGGUGGGUUCCUAUUUUGGUGAAAAUAAAAAAAGUUACAGACACUAUUUCACUGCUGAGGUGUAAAAAUUUUUCAAUCGUAUCCGAUCACGAAGAUGUCUUCCUCAUUUUGUAUUUUCAGUUGAAAUAGAACACUCCCAGCGAGAUUGAGUGAAGACGCACAAUUAAGACAAAUAAGUAAAUAAGGAUAAUCACUAGAAGUAAGUACAAAGCUCACACUAAAUUAGGAUCCAACGAAACGAAUUAGAGCAAUAAUGGAGAACAUUAUUUUUGGAAACCCAUACGCCAACUCAAGAUGCUAGAACAGUACAGCUACGAUAAAACUUCCAGAAUGUUCGAACUAAAAUGACACAGUUUGUAAUUGGAGAAUGAAUCUGUAAGAGAUGUACGCAGCCGCCGGAGGUGCUUCUAUAGCUUCGCGCCAAGCGCGGAGGAAGAUCCAGAAACAUCAUACGGCUCCGGAUGUGGUCCAUCAGCAGUUUCAGAAGAGGUUCAACCAGCUGCAGGCUCAGCACGCCCCCGCGUCAGCUGAUCAUUAUAAUCAACGGCAGCAGGAACAGUUGUUGGGGCGCCUUCCAGACAAUUGCCGCCACUUUGAGCUCAAAGAACCCUUCCCUCUGCACAAGGGACAUCCUGAUCAACACCUCUUGCGAACUGCUCCUGUAGGACUUCACUCUAGGCUCCCUAGCUACAUUGACCUGAACGGCCGAAUCACCGGGUUCGGUAGUAGUGAUAUUUCGGAGGGCAAAGCCGCAACAGCAUGGUCGGAGAGAGAAAGAAGAACCUCCGCGACGGAUGCUACUCAACAUCGCACGAAACAACGCGAGGCCCAUGGACGAUGGAUAAAAAGGAACCGGAGAGCAGGAUUGAGGGUGAACCCCGACAUGAGAAAAUUCAAGUUGAUCUUUCCUAAGCAGAACCAAGGAAGAUACGGUGGUAGAAAGAAAAACAGUCCGGUUUACCAUCCCGAGAAACUCAUCCACGACUCGUCGUUCGGUGGCAGCAGUUCGGAAGACGAAGACGUAGUUUACGCCCACCAGAGUGCAGCUGCCAACGCCCUUCUCUACGUAGGUCUUGGCACCGUUGCCAUCGGACUGGUUAUAGCGUUUGUCGGCACGGGAGAAAAGGGGUUCAAGACUCUAGAACUAAGGCUUAUAGGACCCACACUCAUCGGCAGCGGGGUUCUGUGCUGCCUAGUCCGUAUAUUCCUGUGUGUCUGUCCGACGCGCUGUGUCAGACGAAGGUUCCGACACAGGCAUCGGCGCAAACAUGUCACUGCCUCACCCGGCGCACAGCUCAACAAACAUAGCUUCCAGGCGGACAAGUCUACGGACUAUUACAGACACCUGCCUUACAGCCGGGCAGCGCAGGAGUUCAUGCUGGAACAGCCGAAAAAGAACAAGAAACGGGUCUCAAUUAUUCCUGCGGGACAGAACAGAAUGGAUUCGGAACUGACUCGUCCCAUUCCGCAGAUCCAGGUGCCGAGCAUCGUCAGCUCGGAGAAUCUUCUAGAAAUGAACAAGCUCAGCCAUGCCAAUACUCCAGAAGAUACAAACAGCCUCAGCAGCGAAGACUCGUUCAACGAACAACUACUCUUGGCUGAGAACGGUUCCGUAGAGCGACUCAACAGACUCAAGUCCACAUUGACCUUUGAUGACGGAGAGAUUAACAGAGCUGUGACGAGAAUAGAAGAAGAAGAUUCGGAGGCGCUGGAAGAUUCUGCGCCAACCUCACCGAUGUUGAAUACGGACAAACGCGAACUGGUUCUGAGUCCAGCGAAACUGCAAGGCGACUGAGACUGAACUAUUCUUUGGAAUCUGUAAAUAUUUUCAGAAUGCUGUUUUGAACAAAAUUCUUUAAUAUUGAAUAAUUCUUUUAAAUGUAUGUAUAACCAUUGAUUUGUUGAUACUGAAGUAGAUAUCAACCAGCUGAAGCCGACUUAUUGAAAAAGAACCUAUUUGAAUGAGCCACUGAGUGUGUUAGAGUGUUAUUUUUUCCCAUAGUUUUUGUUACCGUACUCUAAUAGUUUAUGAGACAGAAAAAAU